CAGCAGCAACCGCCUCUCCAACUUCGCCAUGCAGCCGCCACAGACGCCGCAGAAGCUCCCGCCGCGGGCGCCGUCGCCGCAGGGCUUCGUCGGCGGGGCAGCAUUCUCGCCGAUGCAGGGGAUCGGCGCGUCGGAGGCUUCGGCGGCGGCUGCGGCGGUGAGGGCGCGCGCGGCGGAGCAGAUGGCGUACGAGGACGCGUGGAAGGCCAGCAACCCGGACUUCAAGACGCCCUUCGCCUCCGUCGAGGACGCCGUCAGCAGGCUGCUUCCAUACCAUGUCUUUGCGGAUUACGAGGAGGACGACGACGUCUGCGAGGGCGACACAGAGAAGUCAAGCGAUGAGAAGUGGGACCAGCAGGUCAUCGAAGCAAUGUCGUCGCAGAUCUCGGAGUUCGAGAAGCAGGUGCUGGCUUUCAACGUCAUGGCCGGGAAGCGCGCCGACGGCACCAUGUGCAGCGAGGAGAAGCUCUUGCUGGACCUCAUGCUGCAAAACGACGAGCGCCGCAUGACGGAGCACCUGCGCGCCGCCCUCAUUGCCCAGCACGAGAAGCAGCAGGAGGAGGAGGCCGCGCGCGCUGCGGCGGCGCGCCUGGCGCUCGUGCAGGCGCAGGCCGGCGGCAGCGGCCCGUGGACGCUGGUGCAGCAGCCCACCGCGUCCGCGUGGCAGCAGGCGCUCGCCGCGGCGGCGUUGGGCCCCGGCGUGGCGCAGAUGCCUCCGCAGCAGCAGCUGGAUAAUUGCGGUGGUUGCGCCAAAAUUCAUCAUCGCGUCGCGGGAGCUCGCCAGAACCUUGAUAGCGCCGCAAAAGCGCUUGAAUAG